GGGUUCUUCGCCUUCAUCGUCAGGGGUGCUUCCAGGCUUCAGGGCAAUACCUUUUAAAUACAUAAGAAGCUACGUAAUAGAAACUAUUUUGAAGACUAAGCUCAACUGACUUUGCCCUUUUUUUAUAAUCUCACCAUAAACCAUUCCAUACUUGUGUACACGAACGAUACUAUGGGUGAAUCAUCAGAAGUAAAAGCGACUGAAGCCAGUCAAACGAAAAUAGAAACGGCGAAUCAAGACCCUGACGAAUCAACGGUACCUGAAAAGUUCCCACCGGAAGAAGAAGCGAGCCUUCUAGGAGAAUCUAAUGACAAAAAGACCCAAGCGAAUGCACUAUUUACCUCCGCCAAAUACGAAAAUGCCAUUACUAAAUACGAAGAAGCUGCCUCGAUUUGUCCACAUUACCUAGAUUACGAACUUGCCGUCCUCAAAUCCAACAUUUCCGCGUGUCAUCUGAAGCUAGAACAAUGGAAGGAAGCUAUCAAGGCUGCCACCGAUUCUAUCGAUGGUUUGGAUCGUCUAGAGAAAACUGAGGCUGAACAACAGAAGGAAAGCGAAGAGAAAGAAAAGAGAGAAGCCGCUGAUGAGGAAGAAAUCGAAGAAGAGAUUGUUAGUUCUGGAGCGCAAAAGAGUGCACCUGCUGCAAAAGAAGAGACUCUAGCUGAGGCCGCGAGACGAAAACGACACGAAGAUAUCUUCAGGAUUAGAGUGAAAGCCUUGAUGCGACGAGCUAGAGCAAAAAGUGAACUAGGAGGCUGGUCGAAUCUCGCAGGUGCCGAGGAGGAUUACAAGCUUUUGUCGACGAUGAAAAAUCUUAGUGGUGCAGAUCGGAAGAUCGUUCAGACACAAUUAAGAAUACUUCCACCAAGAACGAGGGCAGCUCAGGAGAAAGAGAUGUCGGAAAUGUGGGGGAAGCUCAAGGAUCUUGGAAACGGAAUAUUGAAGCCAUUUGGUCUUAGUACGGACAAUUUUCAAAUGGUCAAGGACGAAAAGACUGGUGGCUACAGUAUGAACUUUUCACAAAAUGGGCCAAGCCAAUGACACAGCUCUAAAGCCGCUUUCGCGUAACACCUGACGACUCAGAACAUUCAUCUCAAGCUGCGAUUCGGGGCUGUCAACUGAUGUUGAGGGCAAAUAACCACCCGUAUGUUAUGUCUAGAAUAUACCCAAACAUUGGUUUCUCCCUGCUGCUUAUUAUCCAUAACCAAUUCCCUACGACGGGUCCUUUUUUUUUUUUUUUUUCGGUCCUUGAAUAUACUUAAGGGAGCAAAAGUUAUAUGUUGGUAUUACCACCGAUAAUAAAUUUGACUAAGCCGGUAUAUUCUUUACCCUCGAACAUUGAAUUGCGUCCAACUCCAAGCAUGGUCCAACAUCGAGACGAAUACAGAUGUAAGCAUUUGUUGGUUGGGUUUACGUACUGAAUUGACUCCACUAUACACGUAGGUAUCUUUCGUUACA